AUGAACUUGAAAUUAGAAAAUGCUCGCGGCCAAUGUUAUGAUGGAGCUGCAUUCAUGGCUGGUCACAGAUCUGGAGUUGUUACCCAAAUCAAAUCGUUGAAUGAAAAAUGUUUGUACACACACUGUUACGGACAUGCUUUGAAUUUAGCUGUUGGCGAUGUGAUAAAAGAAAUCCCUGAACUUAAAGAAGCGUUUGGAACUGCCUAUGAAAUAUGUAAACUUGUCAAAAAAUCGCCAAAGAGAGACACACAAUUAAAGAAUAUCAGAGAAGCAACAGGAAAUGAAUCCAAGUCGGUCCAUGAGUUUUCUCCUACACGAUGGACUGUGCGAGGUGAGGUUCUUGAAUCCUUUCUUGAAAACCAUAAGGAAUUACUGGAGCUUUGGACAUGGUCAUUAUCGAAUUUUAAGCUUCCAGAUACGAGAGCGAGAAUCAACGGAGUAAUGACUGUUAUGUCUAGUUUUAAUUUUGUCUUCUGCUGUUGUCUUGGUGAAACCCUAUUGAAACAUACAGAUAAUCUUAGAAGGUCUCUCCAAGGAGAUAUUUCGGCAGCAGAGGGACAGCAACGGGUGUCGGAAGUCUUAGCUGUGUUAGAGAAGAUCAGAAGCAACGAAUUGUUUGAGCUAUUUUGGGAGCGAGUUCUUGUCUGGAAAUCACAACUCGGAGUAUCUGAUCCUAAACUCCCACGAAAAAGAAAGAUGCCAGAUUAUUUUAACAAAGUAUCAGAUGGCCCUCCUGAAACAUAUCAUUUUCAUGACACUGCCAAAGAUCACUAUCGCCACGUUUACUUUGAAACUUUCGAUCUAGUUAUUAACUACAUCCAACAAAGAUUCGAUCAACCUGAUUACAAGACAUACGUCAAUUUACAGGAAGUUCUUUUAAAAUUGAUCACUGGUCAGGAAUGGGAAAGUCAUCUAAAAGCAGUUUGUCGUUUCUACGAAGGAGAUAUCAACGAGUCACUUGCUAAAGUCCAAAUACCGCUACUCCCAAUCAUCGCAUCCAACCUUGGUUACGACAAAGAGAAAUUUAAAGUAACCGAUCUAAUCAAGCUGUUACAAAGUUUUGAUCAAUCUCAAAGAACUCUUCUAAGUGAAGUUGUCAAAAUAGCGAAAUUGUUGUUGGUAAUGCCGUCCACAAACGCCAUCAGCGAAAGAUCGUUUUCUGCUUUGAAACGAGUCAAAACGUACCUUAGAUCAACAACCACGAAUUUACGUUUGAACAAUUUGAUGGUCCUCCAUAUUCAUACUGAUUCCGUUGACAAAAUGGAUUUAACUCAAAUGGGAGAUGAAUUUAUCGAUAAACACCAAAGCAGAAUAGACACUUUUGGCUAUUACAAUAGAUAA